AUCAGAAGCAACUUCACGAUGGUGUGCUGUUCAAGAAAUGGCGGAUUGUUUUUGCACGGGGGAGUUAUAAAAAUUUGAGCGUGAGACAUGUGGGUGUUGUGACGAUUCACGAGCAAGUAGUCAAUUAAACACUUCUGUCGGCAUGAGUGACCGUUUUUGGGAACCUUUAGCCGAAGUGUACAUCGCAAAACAAGCAGAGUCUUCUGACUCUGAUAAUUACAUUUAUUGUCUUUGCAGCAGAGUAUUUAUUCGAAAUCCAGAAGUUUAUACAGUCCUUGCUCUAGAGGAUGGUAGUGAAGAUGAAGAUGUUGAAGGUGAUUGUGUUGAAGAAAUGUUAGACCUUCAUAAAAGGUCUAUAAUAGAAACACAAUCUAUUGAAAAACAUGAUGAAGAACCAGUGAGCUGUUACUGCAGUGCAUCACACACAGACAACAAUUAUUCCACAGAUGAACAUGACUCUGUUCGUGAUUCGGCUCAUCGUCCUACUGCACAUUCCCUCACGCAAAAACUGGGUUUGCAUCAAUCAGAUUCAGGUGCAGACCUAUCUGAAUAUCAUGAUCAACAUGAAGCUAAAAGCAUACAAAACUUAUUGGCAUCAUAUGGAAAGACUUUUCAAACUACAGAGACUGAACUGGAAGAUGAAUUUGAUAAAGUGAAUAUACUUGUACAGCACCAAGAAGAUAAAGACUUAAAAUUUGAAUCUAAAAUAAUAAACAUUCACUCAUCAGAUCAUCUUACAAAUAGUAUCGAAGUUUUAAGUUAUGAUCCAUCCAUUUGUAAUGAAAAUGAAUUUCAUGUAGAAAAUCCAUUAUGUAAUUUAGAAGACAAAGAUUUUGAGAUACAUAAUAUAUUUAAAAAUGUUUCUUUGAAUGAUGGUACAUCACAAUCUUAUAAAGAAGAUGUUACACUUAAAUAUAAGUGUGAUCAUAAAUCUCGUGAUUAUCCAUAUUAUUCUAUGUACUCUAAAACUAAGAGUAUAAUGGAUAUUGCAUGGGAAAAAUAUUGGUCUGAAAAUGGUGAACGCAUAAUUUGGACAACUUGGAUUAGAAAAUAUGCAGAUUAUAUAAAUCCAGAAUAUUUACAACAAAAUGUACAUUUAAUAAGUGACGAAAAAUUAGAAAUGAAAGAAGCUAUUGAAAAAUUUUCAGAACAAAAUACAUGUUUUCCUAGUCAAGCACAUAGAAAUUGUGAACUUGAUCGCUCAAAUUUUGAAGGAAUAUUUAGUAAAACUAAUAAUAUUGAAGACAAUGAAAUAAAAGCAAAAGAUGCAUAUAGUAUUAAUUUUUCCUUCGAUGAUGUAAGUAAACAAGAAGUAAGUGAUAAAGAUGCAGAAGAUAAUAGGAAAAAAUUAACAAAUUUCGAAACAUCACCAGAAACUGGAGAUGGUUGGAAUCCAUUAAGUCCAUUUAGUAUGGAAGAAAGUUAUAACCAACAAUCUAAUGCAGAAGAUGAAAGACUUUUAACAAGAUGUGAUUCUAUUAAUGAGUCAAUAGCAAAGACAAAUGCAACAUCAGAUUCUAUGACAAACGUUACAAAAAUGACUCUUACUAGUUCUAGUUGUGACUCCAUUUCUACAAAUUCAUCUAGUCUCAUCAGUUCUGUAACAAGUUCCAUUGAAAGCAAUAUAACAAAUACGAGUUCUGAUCAAGAAUAUGCUCCAGAAGAUACUGAUAAGUAUUGGCAACAUUUAUGGAAAGAAAAUUUUCAAAUAGAGUAUCAAAAUCAUUAUAAAUUAUUUAUAGAAAAAUACAAAAAGGAACAAUCUGAGAUUAUGAAUGAUCAAAAUUAUAAUCAGGAACAUAAUGAUGUAGAUAUGAAAGAACAAGAAAGUGAUGAAAGUAUAGACCAAGAUUUUACACAAAAAGAAAUAGAUAUUUCUAAUAAAAUUAAUAUUUCUGAAAGUAAAAAUGCAUCUAAUAAAAAUUUUUCUUAUGCUAAAAAAGAAAAAACAAAAAAGAAACGAUUAAUUAUGGAAUCAGUAGGAAUGCUUAUUCAAAAUUUAAUAGUUAAAUCAAUAGAAAAUGAACCUAAUGCAGAUAAAAAUGAAAAAAUUAAUGAAAUGGAAUGUUCACAAGAAGUUGAACAGGAAAUUGAUCAAACUUUAGUUAUACAGAAUGAAAAUAGCACAAUUAUUUCUAAUGAUAACAAUAGUAUUAAAAAAAAAUAUCCUAAUGGAGGAGAUGGAGAUGAUCCUAAUGAAGAUAAACCUAUAAUAUUAAAACGAAGUCAUGAAGCUGAAUAUGAGGAGACAGGAGAAGGUUUAGAAUCGGUAAAAAAAGCAUUUUCAUUGAUGGGAUAUACUUUCAACGAAAAUUAUGAGCAAUCAAAUUUCCAAGGAGAAGUAGUAUAUAGAAAAAAAAAUAUUAGGUUACAAAAUAGACAAUUAAAAAUGAAAUAUUAUAGAUCCAAGCCAGCAAAUAAGCAUAUAUACUUUGAUGAUAAUGGAGUGGAAAUUACUAACACUAUAGACAAAGUAAAUAAAAUUUUUCAUAAAGCAAAAAUAUAUAUAAAUAGAUUUUAUUUAUUUUGUUUUGUUUUCCAGGUGAAACAUUAUUUAUCAUAUUGUCCUGUUUUGCCAUCAGCAAUAACAGAAUCACAAUCCUCUGAAAAAGGUUCCUACACAGCACAAUUUACAUCAAGUUCUGAUGAUGAAUGUGAUCGUAGUCUUAAGAAAAAAUUGCAAACAAAACGAUUUAUAUUUAGUAAACCAAGCACAAGUUCAAUAGAUUCAGGAGCAGAUAAAAAACAAUUUGAUGAUGUUCAUGAUACAUUAAACAUAUUUGAUAAUCAGAAUGAUGUUUUUCAAAAUAUCAAAAAUGAUAAUAUAUACUUUGAUCAAGAUGAAACAAGUGAUUCUACAAAGUGUGUAUCAGAAGAUCAUUUUCCUGAACAAGAUAAUGAAAACUUUGAUGCAUUAAAUAUCGAUAUGGAUAUAGAUGAAAAUCAUAGUAACAACGAAAUACAAAAUAUGAAAUUAUCAGAUGAAGAUAGUAUAAAAAAAACCCUAAAGAAGAAACGAAAGAAACAAUCUAAAAGAAAUAUAAGCCUUCCAAUAGAAAUAGAUAAUGAUAAAACUUUAAUAAAAUAUUGGUUAAAAAGAUAUCGUCUAUUUAGCAAAUUUGAUCAAGGCAUUAAAUUGGAUCGUGAAAGUUGGUUUUCCGUAACACCAGAAAAAAUUGCCGAGCAUAUAGCCGAAAGAUGCAAAUGCGAUACCAUAAUUGAUGCAUUCUGCGGUGCAGGAGGAAAUGCUAUACAAUUUGCUUUCACAUGUGAAAGAGUAUUAGCGAUAGAUAUAGAUCCAGUUAAAAUCGAACUCGCUCGAAAUAAUGCUCGAAUUUAUGGUGUUGAUGACAGAAUAGAAUUUAUUGUUGGAGAUUUCUUUACACUUGCAUCAAAGUUAAUCGCAGAUGUUGUAUUUCUAAGUCCACCAUGGGGAGGACCAGGAUAUGCUAAGAAUGAAACUUUUGAUCUCAAUAAUAUUAUGCAUCCCAUUGGUGGAGAAAAUUUAUUUAAUAUAGCAAGAAAAAUCACAGAUCAUGUGGCCUACUUUCUACCUAGAAAUGUAGAUACUAUGCAGCUUGCCAUGUUAGCCGGAGUAGGUGGUGGUGUAGAAGUGGAGCAGAACUUUCUGGACAAAAAGUUAAUAGCUUUAACGGCAUAUUAUGGCGAACUGCCCAGGGAUUGUUAGUUGUGAUAUGAUGUGUAAUUUACGAGAAGAUCCGUAACAGCUGCUUAAAAAAAGGAACUUCUCACAUUUUAUGGAUAAUUAGCUGUAAAUAAUAACUCGUAUCAAUUUGCUUAGGCUAUUCUGAAAAGCAGUAUUUUUUAUUUCAUUUCACAUUUUUUUUUACAAAAUGCAUAUAAAACGCCGUUAUAUACUAUAAUUUACUUAGCUAUUUUUUAAACUUUCUAUUGGAUUUUUAAAAAAUAUGUUUAUAUGACACAUUAGUUACCAUUUUCACAAAUCUCGCACUUAAGCAAAUUGAUACCCAAAUUUCAAUUUGUGAGACAUAUUUGUGAAAUCCAAUAAUUAAUAUGUAAAAUCUUUUAAAAAAAUCAUAAAUUCAAUCUUCCAUAGCAAUAAGUAUUAUUUUUACCUGAUGAUUAAUUAAGUCAAAAAGACUAGAGAAUUUUUCUUUAGUCCAUCAUGUAAAAUAUUAUUUUAAUCAUAUUGUAAACUAUACGAAACAUUGUAAUUUACAUUUUAUAUAACGGUUUCCAGAUUAUUAUUUUACAA